UCAAAUUAAUUGAGGUUUCAACAAACAAACAUGGAGAGAAGGGAAAAUAUCGAUAUAAAAGAGAUUAUCAGGAUGAGCGAUCACAUCGAGCCAGAUCACGAAUUACUUGUUUGGGAAAAAUGGAUCAAAAUUAGGCAAGAGGAAACUACGAGACUGGGAAAAUUAACUAAGCGCCCUCCAGCCGAUCUGACAAUGAACCUUUUAGAGAAAAUUCGUGAAGAUAAAGAAUGGAAAGUUGCUUUAGAGCAUGCUCAAAUUAAAAAGAAGCCUUCGUUGAGAGGAGGACUUUGGGAGCAACCUCUUAGAUUAAAACAAGCAUGUUUUUGUCAGCCCAUUUACGAAGUGCAGAGAACAGCGGCUGAAAAAGGAACACCAGCAGUAAUUGAGCACAUAGGUGUACCAGAUUUUGUCCAGGAGAAAGAAAAGGGGUUAACUGGAGAGCCUAAACGCAAGCCGUGUGUGCAAUUAGAUGCAGAUUACGUAAAGUACAGGAAAGAUAGAGAAGAACGACUCGAAAAGAAAAUCAAGAGAAUUGAUCCUUUUAGACCUCUCAUUGGUGAACUGAUAGUUCGUGGUGGAAAACCUAAGACUCCCGUGAAAAAACUUCCUCCGUCACCUAACAUUACUAUCACGGAAGAUGGUCCAUACGAGCCCGAGAUUACGGCUGUCUAUGCUAUCAGGAUUAACAAUACCAUAAUUUACAAAGAUAUACCUGGACAGAAUUUAGCAUGUUUGGAUAAAAUAAAGAAAGAGAGCUGGCAUGAAGAAUGUACCUCUUGGACGUACUAUUUCAAAGUGCCAAUAAAAAGGGCUGGUCGUUGUAAGCUCUAUUUGAAAAACUUAGGCACCGUCACACUUCGUUAUUGCUGGAAGAAACUUAAGAAGACUAUCCCAUUUAUACCAGAAGACAUUUACGAGCAGGUAUUUUUCUUCAACAAAAACGAAGAUGUCAUAUCCCCUGGACAGAGCAAAGUAUUUUUCUUUACUUUUGUAUCCGAUAAACCUGAGAUAUUCAGCGAGUUUUGGGAACUCAGUUUCUGCAAUAUUUGUUUCUUUGAUACCUUAGCUGAUAAAAUAGUUGUCAAUUUAUAUGCUGAUUCCAUUGAAGAUCUAGAAAGUCUUCAUAGAAAAGUUAAUGUACUUAAAUCGAGAAUUGAUAUAAAAGCGGUUUAUAAUAUCGUUAGAGAUAUGGUCGACGAUGCUGUGACAAAAGCCAGCACUAUAGAGCCUCAAAUAUAUCCAUACAAGAAACUGUUUUUGGAGUCUGAAAUGUUCUUGAUGAAGAAUCCAGUAUGUUAUUAUCAUCAGACAGAGGUGAUGAAGAUGAAAGAUCUCUACACUGAAAUGGUUCCAGGAGAACUUUGGGAUUUGUCUAUUACUUCGUGGAGGGCAGCAAUGAUGGAUAAAUUGUAUGAUGAGAGGAUGAAAUACUUUGAGUUAUUGAGGAAGUCUCAUAGUGAGAUGCUAAAGCCCUGGUAUGAGGGUGAAAGUGUACUGAAUCAGAAGUAUAGAGCUAUGAAGUGGUUGCUGGGAAUGAUGGCCGAUAAGUUUGAUGCGGAGUAUGAGCGUUUGUUGACUGUCAGUGGAAUUCGAUUGCCAGCAGAAAGUCAGUCUGAGAUCCUAAGUGAAAGCAGACUUGAGCUGGACUUGGAUCCACGUAAAGUGAAUUUAAUGCGAAACCUUUUCUACAUGUACGCGUAUGAACACGUCGUCACGACCAUCGAGAUGUGUGCUGGCGUUUUGAGUAGCAUAGAUUUGAAUAGAUGGAUCGAAUUUGACUUUUGUCGCUUUUGA